UGUUAACACUUGACACGUACAUUGGGCGUUUGUAGCGACGAGGCACAGAACUCAAGAAUCCUCGUCUGCUUCUUCAACCCGUCCGUACCCACACACCGACCCAGUGAUCACUCUACUCCGACGGAGUCACCGAUUCCGUAACGAAGAGGCAGACGGAGACAAUGGAGGGCGAAAAAACUACUAAGGUAGUUGGACGAUUUGACAGAAGCGGUAUGACGGAGUCGUGGCUGAAAAAGCACCGUCUGAUCUACAACGGAGCGACCAGACACCCUUUCAUCCUUAGCAUCCGUGAUGGGACCGUUGACCUUUCCUCCUUCAAGCGAUGGCUGGGACAGGAUUAUAUAUUUGUUAGGGCAUUCGUACCUUUUGUAGCGAGUGUCUUGUUGAAAGCUUGUAAGGAGUUGGAUGAUAGCUCCGAUAUGGAAGUCCUUUUGGGUGGUAUGGCUGCUUUGAAUGACGAGAUUGCUUGGUUCAAGAAAGAAGCUUCCAAGUGGGGCAUUGCGCUAUCUAGUGUAGUUCCUGACAAUGCAAACGUCAAAUAUUGCAGGUUUCUGGAGAGCCUAACGAGUCCGGAAGUUGAAUAUACAGUGGCGAUUACAGCGUUGUGGGCCAUUGAAGUUGCUUAUCAAGAGAGCUUUGCCCACUGCCUGGAAGAUGGCUCUAAAACACCUGAAGAACUGAAGGAGACUUGUCAAAGAUGGGGCAACGAGGGUUUCGGUCAGUAUUGUCGCUCUCUCCAGAGCAUGGCUAACCGUCGUCUAGCAAAGGCAUCCGAUGAUGUGGCCGCGAAAGCUGAGGUAGUUCUAUUAAGUGUUCUUGAACAUGAAAUUGAAUUUUGGAACAUGAGUCGAGGGAAGACUGAUUAAUGGGACGUCAUUUGGAGCUGCUGCUUGUAUGUGUUUAUAGUUUUAUGUCUCCUUCAAGGAGUGUGUUUUUGGGUUCUGUUUAUAAGCUAGUAGCACAUGCCUGAACAAACUAAAACUGUAUCAAUAGAUCUUUUGUUGUAAGUAUGGUUCAACAAGUUCUUGACUACAUUUGAUAGUUUGAAAGUUAAGUGCUGUUUGGUGAUCA